CUCCUGAUUUGAUCCACAACCUAGCUCACCGAAUUGUAGUGCAGUUUGUUGAACUUGGGAUGACCUGUAUUGCAGUUUUUUAUGACCUCAAACUUGAAAGUGUAAUUAUGACUAUUGCCUUAACUAUUGUGCCGAGCCGAGUGCUCGAAUCAGAAAUUUUAAUAAAAAACUUUACAAUUCUACUCUGAUUAUAUAUAUGCGCACUAUGUGUUAAACAACUUAACCUCCAAAAUAAUGAACAAGUAAAUAAAAUGAGUGGAUUUUUUAAAUUUUAUAAACAACUCUUGGUUAAAUACCCAUUGGGAUUGCAAGCUCUGCAAGCUGGAGCUUUGAUGGCUGUUGGAGAUCAAAUGGCCCAGAAUUUAGUUGAGAAUCGGAGUUUCAAUGACCUAGACUUUAUGCGGACGGCUAAAUUUUAUGCAAUUGGAUUUUUUAUUGGUGGUCCAUCAACAAGAACGUGGUACGGAGUGCUUGAUAAAUAUAUUGGCUCCAAAGGAACAGUAGUUGCUUUAAAAAAAGUUGCUUUUGAUCAAUUACUGUUUGCUCCGACAUUUAUCGUCGUUUUGCUAAGCUCAAUCGGAUUGAUGCAAGGCAAUGAUAUCAAUGGAAUAAAAACUAAGCUGUCUAAUGAGUAUAAAGAUAUUCUUAUAAACAAUUAUAAGUUAUGGCCAAUGGUCCAGUUGGUAAAUUUUACAUUUGUACCAUUACAUUAUCAAGUACUGUUCGUUCAAUCAGUAGCUGUCUUCUGGAAUACUUACGUGUCUUUUAGAACCAACAGAGGCGCAUUGCAUAAAAAAAAUAAUACAACACAAUAAUGUACUUGGUGAGAUUUUAAAAUGUGUGUAUAAGUAUUACUUUUUAUAUCAAUAUUUAAAAAGUUAUUUUUGAGAUAAUUAUUUAGGGAUUCCGUGCGUUUUCAUUCCCUGAUAAAACAUCCCCGACAAAAUAUCCUACAGACAAAAUAUUCCAAAAAUAAAUAUCCCCGGACAGAAUAUCUUAAAUAAUUAAAUUU